CCGCUUACUUUUACUGCUGUCAACCAUUUCAUCUGUGUCGACCGGACAAUUCCCAACAGCGCAGAUGAUAAAAGAAUGGGUCGAUCAGAUGCAAAAAGAGCUGAUCACAUUAACAGACACAGCCAGUGGUAUGGACAACCUAAUACAGAUAUAUCAUAAACACAGACCUCACUUCAGUGUUGAGACCAACGAUGCAAGGCACCUGGUGGCGACAGCUGCUGGGAAUAUAGAGAAACUGCUUUUUAAACGCUCCCAAGCCCUAAAGAGGCUGGCAAUGGAAGCAGAGAAGUUUCAAAUGGAGCACAUGUGGAGCGGCGACAGUGAGGUUGACAACAUGGUUUACUACAAUGCCAAAGAUGACCUUAACGAGACAGAGGAAGUAAAAGGAAGGAAAAACCGAUACCUCCCAGACGAUUUUGAGAUGGACCCCGACUUCAAGCGACUCGUCUCGUACAACACCACCGCCGUCCACAUCCCUACAGAUAUAUAUGAAGGCUCAACCAUCAUUUUGAAUGAGCUAAAUUGGACAGAGGCCUUGGAAGAUGUUUUCCGUAAAAACAAAGAGGAAGAUCCCUCACUCCUCUGGCAGGUGUUUGGCUCGGCCACCGGAUUGGCUCGGUACUUCCCAGCAUCCCCUUGGACUGACUCGAGCAAUUUGGCCGAUAAGAUCGACCUCUAUGAUGUUCGAAGGCGACCGUGGUACAUUCAGGGGGCGGCGUCACCCAAGGACAUGCUGAUCCUGGUGGAUGCGAGUGGCAGCGUUUCGGGUCUCACCCUCAAACUCAUCCGGACGUCGGUCAGCAAGAUGCUGGAGACGCUCUCUGACGACGACUACGUGAACGUGGUCUACUUCAAUGACAAGGCCAUGUACGCGGCGGCGUGCUUCGCCAACCUGGUGCAGGCCAACGUCCGCAACAAGAGGAUGCUGAAAGACGCCGUGCAGAACAUCACAGCCAAGGGUACCACCAACUACAGAGGCGGCUUCGAGCUGGCCUUUGAGCAGCUCGCGCAGAUGAAUGUGUCAAGGGCCAACUGCAACAAGAUCAUCAUGCUCUUCACUGACGGAGGAGAAGAGAGGGCGGAGGAGAUCUUUCAGAAAUACAACCCCAAGCAAGCGGUGCGCAUCUUUACAUUUUCAGUAGGUCAACACAACUACGACAAAGGACCAAUACAGUGGAUGGCCUGCGCUAAUAAAGGGUACUAUUAUGAGAUCCCAUCUAUAGGUGCCAUCAGGAUCAACACUCAGGAGUACCUGGAUGUUUUGGGCCGGCCGAUGGUGAAGGCUGACAGAAGGGCCAAGCAGGUUCAGUGGACCAACGUCUACCUGGAUGCACUGGAGCUCGGCCUGGUCAUCACCGGCACUCUGCCCGUCUUCAACAAGACCAACACGGGCUCGAAGAAAUCUCAAAACCAGCUCAUCUUGGGGGUCAUGGCCAUUGAUGUCUCCCUGGAAGAUAUCAAGAGACUGACGCCUCGGUUUACUUUUGGACCAAACGGCUACUACUUUGCCAUUGACCCCAAUGGAUAUGUGCUGCUCCAUCCUAAUCUCCUGCCACGGACUGCCAAGUUUCAUGAAUCUGUAACGCUGGACUUCUUGGAUGCAGAGCUGGAGAAUCCGUUCAAAGUGGAGAUCAGAAAACAAAUGAUCGACGGUCAAACGGGGAAUUACACAAUGUCCACAUUGGUGAAAUCACAAGAUGAGCGCUACAUCGACGUGGGUCAGAGGACGUACACCUUCGCUCCAGUGAAGGGGACAGAUUACAGCCUGGCUCUGGUCCUUCCUGACUACAGUAUGCAUUACAUCAAGGCCAAAAUCGCCGACACCAUCACCCAGGCAAAAUCGUUUUUGGGCAAGUCAGUUUCUGAAAGCCUGAUGGCGGACAAGUUUGAUGAAUAUGGCUACACGUUUAUCGCACCGAGGGUUUACUGCAAGGACUUAAAGCCGCCGGACAAGAACAAAAACAACACGGAGUUCCUCAUUGAGUUCAACGAUUACAUCGACACAAAGACUCCAAACAACCCCAUGUGUAACGUGGAGCUGGUGAACCGGUUGCUCCUGGAUGCUGGCAUCACCUCGUCUCUGAUCAGCAUUGGAAAGCAACCGACAUGCAGGCACGGUGUCUUGGCCAGAUUUGUUGCCACUGAUGGAGGGAUCACGCGGGUCUACCCCAAAAGUGCCGGGCUGUACUGAGAAGAAGCUGAGACUUACGAGUCGAGUUUUUAUAAGCGAAGUGUGGACAACGAUCUGUACAUCUUCACUCCGACGCCCUACCUCUCCAGAGAGAACACGAGUGAGGACGCCAUCCUGGUGAGCAAAGCGGUAAACCUUAACAUUGACGGAAUCAUACUCAAACCCGCCGUGGUCGGUGUGAAGCUGGACAUCAGUGCCUGGAUGGCGAGCUUCAUCAACACCACGCAGAAGAUCAACUGCAAUGAUGAGAUCUGUGGCUGUCAGCGUAACGAUGUGAACUGUGUCAUUCUGGACGACGGGGGGCUUCUGGUGAUGUCGAAUAGAGAUGAACAUAUCGAUCAGAUUGGACGUUUCUUCGGUGGCAUCGACCCGAUCCUCAUGGUGAACCUGCUCAACUCGUCCCUGUUCACCUUUAAGAAGACUUUCGACUACCAGUCGCUCUGUGACCCUGAGAAAGAGAGCAAGGCGGCUGCAGGCCUGCGAUCCGUCUACGUGCCCACAAUUGCAGAUAUUUUGAAUUUAGGGUGGUUUGCAACCGCCGCAGCCUGGUCAAUACUGCAACAGUUACUGGUCAGCAUCACAUUUCCCAAUUUCCUAGACGCAGCCGAGAUGGAUGACGAAAUGUCAGACGCCAUGCUCAAAGAGGUCUGCAUCACAGAGCAAACUCAGUAUUACUUUGAGACCAACAACCUGUCUUUCAGAGGCACAAUUGACUGUGAAAACUGCACCAGACUCUACCACGCCGAAAAGCUGCCCAAGACGAACCUGGUCUUCAUCAUCGCUGAUGCGAAACUCACCUGCUCGUCCUGUGACACCAAGCCGUUAAUACAGGACGAACAGCAGUCUAACGGUCCUAAUCCCUGUGAACUGGCCCAGAACCCUCGGUACAGGAAAGGGCCCGCGGUCUGUUUCGACAACAACGAACACGAGGAGGACCCUGACUGUGGCGGGGCGUCCGGCCUGAGACCCUCACUUUGGCUGAUGGUGGCCCUUCAGCUGGUUCUGCUCUGGGUUUUGACUAGCUCCAGACCCCAUACCAUCCCAUCAUGACCUCUGAAAAUCCUCAUCACACCUGCUCUCUCUCUCUCGCGGCUCUCUCUCUCUCUCUCUCUCUCUCUCUCUCCCUCUGAUAUCUCCAAAAUGGCAACCAGCAUGCAACGCUGCCACCAAAAUGACGAACACCUGAUGAGAAGCACUCGUAAAACCAACAAAACCAAAACCUGUGAGCCCCACAUCUCGUCAGUUCCUCCUUUUGAUACCUUCAUUUUCAGGGGUUUUCAGCCACGUGAAUUUCACCGGGUGCAGUGUUGAAAGAAAUGUUAAUUGGAAGAUAGAACUUUGAAAGACCUCAACCGUCGCGACCGCUCAUGUCUUCAAUCGUCCCCGCCAGCUGAGAUCAGAAGAACAAGGAGAUUCAUGUGGAUUGGCGACUUCUGAACUUUCUCUGGAUUAAUGUCAUUGACGAUAUCAAUCGAACUGCCUUAUAUUA